AAACGGGAGGGUUGUAUUACUAAACUGAUGCUUUAAACAAACUUUUGUUGAGAGUAACUACCUCCAUCCCUUUCUCCCACAGACAAAGCUUAGCCGGCUGUUCACUUCAUCACCUGAAGCCAAGGUUCAGUCAGCUGCCAUCAUGUCCAGCAAACGAGCCAAGGGGAAGUCCACAAAGAAGAGGCCACAGAGGGCCACGUCUAAUGUCUUCGCUAUGUUCGACCAGUCCCAGAUCCAGGAGUUCAAAGAGGCCUUCAAUAUGAUUGACCAGAACAGGGACGGAUUCAUCGACAAGGAGGAUCUACAUGACAUGUUGGCCUCACUGGGUAAGAACCCGUCUGAUGACUACCUAGAGGGCAUGAUGAGCGAAGCUCCAGGUCCCAUUAACUUCACCAUGUUCCUCACAAUGUUCGGAGAGCGUCUGAAUGGAACAGACCCUGAGGAUGUGAUCAGGAACGCCUUCGCCUGCUUCGAUGAGGAGGGAACCGGUGUGAUUCACGAGGAUCACCUGAGAGAGCUGUUGACCACCAUGGGGGAUCGCUUCACCGACGAGGAAGUGGACGAGCUAUUCCGAGAGGCUCCCAUCGACAAGAAAGGAAACUUUAACUAUGCCGAAUUCACACGCAUCCUCAAACACGGGGCUAAGGACAAGGAUGACAUGUAAAGCUUUAAAGAGACUCUCGGCCUGGCAGCAGAGUGCAUUUCACAACAAAAAUGAAGAACAAAAGACACACAAAUGACAUGUUAUUGUAAAGUUAAAAGCACAUAAAACACAAAUGCAUUAUAUAUAUUUCACAUUUUUUUAAUGAUAGUCUACUUGCACUUGUGUAGAUUAAAUGGUGAUAACUCUAUACCUCUUUAUUUUUUUAUUCCCUCCACAUGCUCACAUGCCUUAAAGAGUGAUAUAGUGCACAGAACUGUCUCCUUGUUUAUUCUGCGGAAGUUUCAGUUGGAUACUGUGAAGUUCGGGUAGAAGUGAAGUCAUAACAAAAGCAAACAUCUCAGCGUAAUGAUCGCUCCAUGCUUUAUAGUUCAAAGGGAAAUCACUGAAAGAUGGUCAGAUUAAACUGAUAGAAACACUGGCUUGUUUAGAAGAAACUGUGGCAUUAUUGCUUUCUUCAGGGAAAAUUGUUACUCUUUUUAUAUGGUGACCAAAAGCUCAACUUUUGUCUGCUCAGUUCUCGCAUUUUUAACAGAUUUCCAAAAAAACUAAAUAAAAAUAA